AUGAAAAAUAACAGUAAACGUCAAAUUAAUAAAGAAUUGAAAACUCAAGAACCAGAUCAAAAAAAAUCCCGAAAUUUAAAACCAUCUUCUCUUUGGUUAAAAGAAUGGGAGUGGUUAGAUUAUUGUAAAAUCGAUGGAACCUUGCUAAUGUUUUGUAAAUGGUGUAAGGAGGCAAAACAUGAUAAUAUCUUUACUCGGGAAACUAGUAUUUAUAAGAGAGAUAUUCAAUUCGCACCUUUAUCAAUAAAACAACUAUCUGAAAAUGACCUUAAAGUUAUUUACCAAAUGAAAUGUGUUUAUUUUGCAGCAAAAAAACAUCUUUCGUUUAAUAUAUAUCCUGAUCUAUGUGAUUUAAUAAUAAGUCAUAAUACUAUUUCUUUGAUAUCUCAGCUACUUAAAUUUUCUUCACAAGAAUUAGUUGAGACUAGGAAUUAUGGUACUUAUUUAAAUUCUACUGUAGCUCGAAAUUUUGCUGAGGCGAUUAUGCAUGUAAUUGAAACAAAUCUUAUUAAUGAAAUUUGUUUGUCAGGCAAUUGGAGUAUAAUAAUCGAUGAAAGUACUUCAAUAGAUGAAAAACAUCUUGUUAUUGCUUCACACCACCUAGCUUCUAAUAUACCUAUAGUUCGUUAUUUGGGAUUAAUUAAUUUAGAAGAUUGUCGAGCUGAAAGUAUUAUAAAAGAAUUAGAAUUAUUUAUAGCGAAAAAGAAUUUACAUAUUAAAAAUAUUGCACAUUUUUGUAGUGAUGGUGCUUCGAUAAUGACAGUACAUCGUUUACAUCUUGCAGAUCAAGAUGCAGCUAAAACAGUUCCUUAUUUUAAAGAGUAUGAAUCUAUUUGCAAAUCUCUUUAUAAUUAUUUUAGUAGUUCAUAUAAGAGGAUGUUAAAUUUAAGAAUGAUUCAAGAAACUAAUAAUGAUCCACAAUUAAAUCUACUUAAUAUUAUUAAUACUCAGUGGCUUUCUAUGUCGAAUGCUGUUAAAAAUUUGCAUCAAAUUCUUGAUUCAGUUAAAGAUGCAUUAAAUAAUGAUAUUAUAACAGUUGAAAAUAAGCAAGAUCAAAAAAAGGCUAAAGAAUUGUUAAAUAAUUUAGAUCCAAAUUUUAUAUUAAUUACAAAAUUUCUUACUGAUUUAAUGUUUAUCUUAACAAAAUUAAUUAAUUUAUUUCAACAAGAUUAUAUUACUAUUUCUAAUAUUUGGUUUAACCUAGAAAUAACAAUUUCAGCAAUUAAGAUACAAUUUAUUGGAAAUAAAAAUACUAAACCAACAUAUGGAACAUUUUUACAUGAAUAUAUAGAUAAAAAUUCUAUAGAUUUAGCACAAAUUCCUUCUUCGAUUAUGGAAUUUGCAAAAGCAAUAAUUCAGAGCUUAAAAUCUUGUUUUCCAAAUAUAAGUUUAUAUAAUGCAAUGAAAAUUUUCGAACCUAAUUUAUUGCUUUGA